AUAAACACUCACAAUCUUCUCUCUCUUUCUCUUACACUCAUCAUCACUGUAAUAAAUUUAAACACAAAUGACAACUUCAUCUGAAUCAACUCGCAAGGGUCUGACCAAAAUCGCCACGAAUAGACUACAGAAAGAGUUCAUGGAGUGGCAGACAAAUCCUCCUGCUGGUUUCAAGCACAGAGUCUCUGAUAAUCUCCAACGAUGGAUCAUUGAAGUGAAUGGAGCUCCAGGGACCCUUUAUGCCAAUGAAACUUACCAACUUCAGGUGGAAUUUCCUGAGCAUUAUCCUAUGGAAGCUCCACAGGUUAUCUUUCAGCAUCCAGCUCCACUCCAUCCUCACGUUUACAGCAACGGUCACAUUUGCUUGGAUGUUUUGUAUGAUUCAUGGUCGCCUGCGAUGAGACUAAGUUCAAUCUGUCUUAGCAUUCUCUCAAUGCUCUCAAGCUCAUCCGUCAAGCAAAAGCCGAAAGACAACGACCAUUACUUGAAAAACUGCAAAAAUGGAAGAUCCCCUAAAGAAACUAGGUGGCGGUUCCACGACGAUAAAGUUUAACAUCUCUAAAUGUGUCCUUUAAUAUUGUAAUUAAAACCAAAUGUAUGAUUGAUCUCAGGUUGAGUUAUCUCUUGACCUGUUUCUAUCUUCAAAACAAGAACGGCUUCUUUCCACAGUUUUAAAGCACACAAAAGCUUGUGCACUAGACUAUGAAGUUAAGAAAACAACAUGGUUAUUAUUAAGUGAAAGAAAUGGCCCGGAUCAUCUGUUAAGAAGAGAUCAGAGAUCAUCAACAACUGGUCUCGUUAGUAUAAACCAAGAACUGAGAGAAUGAUUGAUCGAAAGAUUCUGUGACAGUACCAACAAGCAUCAAAAUUUGGCUCUAGCCUAGCAUUUUCUUACUUAACCAAAUAAGCUUAGUUUUAAUUUUAGUAUAUGUAGGAAGGUUGUUCAUAGAGCAAGAUAAUUAAAAAAUUUAAAUCAUCAAAACUGCUAAUUAGAGUUUCUAAUUAUUAGUAUUUGG